AUGGAUAGGUGGUUAGCAACAGUGAGAACUAAAAGAAAAGAGAUUCCAGAGGCUGAGGGCGAGUCUACAAGUGAUCAUCACCCUGCCAAACAGAAAAGAAAAUGCCUAAGAAAAUACAAUGAUGAGUACCUGGGUCUUGGAUUUUAUUGGACUGGCUCAGAGGCUGAACAACUCCCGCUGUGUCUGGUAUGCUCCGAAACACUUUCGAAUGAAGCCUUGAAGCCCUGUAAACUGCGCCGUCACCUCCAGACAAAGCAUGGGGAGUACGCGACCAAGCCACUACAGUUCUUUAAGAACAAGCUCAAAGAAUACCAGAGCAAGAGAAAAAUAAUGGAAGGUAUUGCCAGGGGCAGUGACAAUGCAAAGGCUGUGGAAGCGUCAUAUCUGGUCUCCAAGCUCAUCGCUAAGACGGGAAAACCACACACUGAUGGAGAGAACUUGAUUCUUCCAGCUACUAAAAAAAUAGUUGAGGUGAUGUUGGGAGAGAAAGCAGUGCAGCCGAUCAAACUCCUUUCACUGUCGGAUAACACUGUCAAGCGCAGAAUUGAUGACAUGGCAGACAAUGUGCUACAUCAGCUGAUAGAGAACAUAAAAGGGAGCCGUUUUUAUGCCAUCCAACUGGAUGAAUCAACUGACAUUGCCAACGUAUCAAAUCUGCUUGCCUACAUCCGAUACAAAAAGAAUGGCGAAAUAAAGGAAGACCUUUUGUUUUGUAGACCUCUGCCAACCCGUUCAACUGCUGAGGCAAUUUUUGACAUUUUGAAUUCUUUCGUAGUUUCCAAUGGUAUUGAAUGGUCCAAAUGUGUUGGGGUGAGCACUGAUGGAGCGUGUGCAAUGCUGGGCCAGCACAGCGGAGUUGUCAGUCGUGUAAAAGCGGUGGCCCCUCAAGCGAGCUCUGUCCACUGCAGUAUACACUGCGAAGCACUGGCUGCAAAGAAAAUGCCCCUGAAUCUGAAGACUGUUUUAGACCGGGCAGUCAAAGCCGUUAACUUCAUCAAAAACCGUCCACUGCAAACACGUUUAUUUUCCGUGCUGUGUGGAGAGAUGGGCAGUGAUCAUCAGCAGCUGUUGUUACACACAGAAGUGCGAUGGCUCUCGAGGGGAAAGGUGCUGACGCACCUUUUCGAGCUGCGGGAUGAAGUGCGCGUGUUUUUUCUCGACUCAAAGUUUGAACUCGCACACUGCUUCAGUGAUUUUGAAUGGCUAGCUAAAUUGGGUUAUCUCGCCGAUAUUUUCAGCCACUUAAAUGCUUUGAAUCUAGCUCUUCAGGGAUCCGCUGUUAACAUGUUCAAGGUCCAGCACAAAGUGGAGGGAGCGAUAAGAAAACUCGCGCAGUGGGAUAAGCGUGUCGACCAGUCAAAUUAUGACUCCUUUGAAAACUUGUCAGAUUUUUUGACAAAGGAAGAGAGGCAGCUUCCCAUCCAUGUGACUAACGCAAUCAAAGAGCACCUCCAGGGUUUGAAAACACAGCUGCGCGAAUACUUCCCUCCCCUCGAUGCAGAAUGCAGUUGGAUCGAAAAUCCAUUCGGCGUUCACAGUGACGAGGCCAUUGCUGCCCUGAGCGCAAAAGAGCAAGACAGUCUUCUGGAUCUCUCCUGCGACACCGCAUUGAAGCUGGUCUUCUCACAGAAGCACCUGAUAAACUUUUGGCUUCAUGUUGCUUCUGAGUAUCCCGAUCUGGCCGACAGAGCUGUGAGAUUUCUGAUGCCUUUUCCGACGACGUACCUAUGUGAGUGCGGGUUUUCUGCACUAGUGGCGCUGAAGACAAAGUACAGAAAUAAACUGAAUGUUGAGCCAGAUCUUUGA